AUGGAAAUUGCCACACAUUGUAUCAAUAAUAACGUCGAUGGUCAUAUAUGGGUUGAACACAAAGUUGUGGAUACCGUAAGCAAGGUUUCUGUGCCAUCUGGUUGUAACCCUGUGCAAGAAAAUGAUGACAGCAGUAGCAGCAGUGAUGACAGUGAUAUUGAAGGAAAAUUGUUUGAUGAUAGUGAAGAAGAGAGGGCAGCAGUAGAAAAUGAAGGUUACGAGGAAGAACAAGCAGCCCCUGAAGUUGAUGCUGAUUAUGUUGAAGUGGAAUUAGAGAAAUCCACAGAAAGUAGAAGGCUUGUGGGGAAUGGCAAAUCAGUUGCUUACAAGAGAUGUGCUAGCAAGAAAAGCAAGAUGACUGAACAAUCACCCAAAGUCAAGGUAUCUGUUCCAUCUAAACUGUUUGGUUGUACCUCAAGCAAGAUCCCCACUAAUAUCCCAAGAGAUGAUGUUGAUUAUUGUAGUGAGGAGUUGGACAGUUCUGAUCCCGAUGAAAGUGGUGAUGAAAAGAAUCCAAAAUAUGAAAAGUUUAGAAGUGAGUUGAUGAAUAAAGACUUCAAAUUCAAGUUAGGAAUGGAAUUUAAUUCUUUGGUGGAGUUCAAAGAUGCUAUUAGGGAAUGGUCUGUUCUUAAUGGAAGAGAGAUAAGGUUUGUAAAAAAUGAAAACUAUAGGGUUAGGGUGGAGUGUAAGGGCAAAUGUGGUUUUUUGGCUUUGUGUAGUAAAGUUGGUGACAGACACACUUACCAACUAAAAACAUGGGUGGGGUCACAUAGUUGUGCUAGGGUUUUAAAUAACAAAUCAGCCAACUCAAAGUGGGUAUCAAAGCUAGUGGUGGAAAAAAGGAAGUCCAUGGGAAAGGUAAAAGUGUCUGAAAUAAUGUCUGAAAUGAGAAUGAAAUAUGCUGUGGGUAUCACUAAAGGCAAAGCAUGGAGAGCACAAUGCUUGGCUGAAGAAAUAGUUGAAGGAGAUGCAACUAGGCAAUACACUAUGUUAUGGAGGUAUGCAGCAGAGCUUAAAAAACAAUGUCCUGGGAAUACUAUCAAGAUUGAUGUGGAGAGGCCUCUGCCUACUAUUCAACCAAGAUUUGAUAAGUUUUACUUUUGCUUGGAUGGAUGCAAGAAGGGAUUCAUUAAUGGCUGUAGGCCGUUCAUUGGUGUGGAUGGAUGCCAUCUUAAAACAAAGUAUGGAGGUCAACUCUUAGUAGCUGUGGCUAGAGAUCCAAAUGACCAGUAUUAUCCAUUGGCUUUUGGAGUUGUAGAGACUGAAUCAAAAGAAAGCUGGAGGUGGUUCCUGCAAUUACUUAUGGAAGAUGUUGGUGUAGAGAGGAAAUAUGUGUUUAUAUCAGAUCAACAAAAGGGACUUGUAGCAGUGUUUGAAGAAAUGUUUGAGCAGAUUGAGCAUAGAAUUUGUCUUAGACAUCUCUAUGCAAAUUUUAAGAAAAAGUUUGGUGGUGGUGCAGCAAUUAGGGAUCUCUUAAUGGGAGCUGCUAAAGCAACAUAUUUUCAAGCUUGGGAGAAAAAGAUGAAUGAGUUGAAGGCCCUUGACAAGAAGGCAUGGGAAUGGCUUAUAGGUGUUCCAACCAGAUUGUGGUGUAAGCAUUCUUUCUCUUUUUAUCCAAAGUGUGAUGUAUUGAUGAACAAUUUAAGUGAGUCAUUUAACAGUACAAUCUUGCAAGUUAGGGACAAACCUAUCCUCACAAUGUGUGAGUGGAUUAGAAACUACUUGAUGAAUAGGAUUGUUAAUAAUUUAGAAAAGCUAAGCAAGUGGAAUCACAAUAUUAUGCCAAUGCCUAGGAAGAGGCUAGACAAGGAAGUCUCAAUGAGUGGUCAAUGGCUCCCUACUUGGAGUAUGGGUGACAUCUGGCAGGUGCAUCACCCAUUCAAUGGUAAACAGUUUAUAGUUGAUCUUGGGAAAAAAACAUGUUCAUGUUGUUUUUGGGAACUAGUGGGUAUACCAUGUAUGCAUGCUGUCUCUGCCAUGAGUUAUCAAAGUUUGAAUCCAGAGUCAUAUGUAGAUGAGUGCUAUACUAGAGAGGCAUAUCAAAAGUGUUAUGAACAUAAUGUGAGCCCCAUCAAUGGGAUGGACAUGUGGCCAUCAGUAGAUGUGGAAGAUAUGCUGCCACCUAUGUUUAAGAAAGGACCUGGUAGGCCAAAGAAGUUAAGGUUUAGGGAACAAGAUGAGUCUGGUUCAAGAAUGAGAAGGCCUGGUAUUUCAUAUAGAUGCACAAAGUGUGAUCAGUUUGGGCAUAACUCAAGGAAAUGCAAAAGCAAGGAACAAAACCCUAAUGCACUAAAGAGAAAGAGAAAGGCACCAAGAGCCAAAGCUGCACCUGCUGGAAAUGAGGAAGAUCUCCCUGCUGAAAAUGAUGAAGCUGCACCUAUUGGAAAUGAGGAAGCUGCACCUACUGGACAUGAGGAGGCUGCACCUAUUGGAAAUGAGGAAGCUGCACCUACUGAUACUUAUGAUGAUCCUGACAUAGAUGCUGCAAUUGAAGCUAUGCUGCAACAAGAAGAAUUAUCACAAGUCUGCAAUCCCACACCCUCUACAGAUGUUCAAGCUGCAACAGUCAAUCUUGCUCCUGCAUCACAUGGUCAAACUGAAACAACAACCAUAGCAGCUGAUCAACCUAAGUCUACUGCAUCUGUUGCAAAAAAAAAGAAGAAAAAAGCAUCUGUUCACAAGCCUAAGAGGAAGAGGGUUAGUGAAAGGAUUAAGAUUUUGAAGAAUUCAAGGCAAAUUAGUGGGCCAGGCUCAACUUCAGAUACACCAUUGGUACUUGAUGAUGCGGAUGAAAAAUGGAAGGACAUUGCAAGAAGAAUGACUCAGUAGUUUAUUUGUAGCUUUAUGGCAUUAGGGGAAAUCAUUGUUUUUGGUGACUGUUUGCAAUGAAUAUGUAAUAGAUGUUGUAAGGUUUCUAAACCUCUUUUUGUAAUGAACAUGUGGUUCAAUUGUUAGGGUUUGCUGUAAUGAACAACUGGUUUCUAAGUCUCUUUUUGUAAUGAACAUGUAAUGAACAUGUGUUGGUUCUAUGCCUCUUUUUGUA